AUGGAGAUAAUGAGGCGUGGCCGAGUUGUCUUGCAGAGAAGAACAUUCCCCCACUCAUCUUCGACUUCAAUUGGUGGGGCUUCCCUGGCCAAUCCUCCACCCCGACUUGCUCGACGAGGGUCUUCUGGUGCCCGACCUGCCCCCUUGGCUUGCGCUACUCGCCUGCGGACUGCGCGUCCACCCCGGCCUGUCGGCCCUGUUAGGUCUCGGGCUACACCCACUGUUCAUCCCCGACCUACAGCUACAUCCCAAUCAGCCCCCUCGGUGCCUCUUCAGUCCAUGGAUCCUCCCCCACCAAUUUAUAUUCCUGGUCGCGGCCUUGGUAGAAGAUUUGCCAAUGUCCCUCAGGCAAGCCCUGCAUUCAGAGAAGCUUCUCAGGUAGCUCGCCAGACCCGCUUCGCAAAUGACCGAUUGGGCCAGGAUGCCCCUUCUUCCACUAGACGUAGGGCUCGGUCGUCUUCCGAUGAUUCUGACUCUGAUGAUCAGCCGUUGGCUCGAAGACGUCGACACCGAGCCCCUCGUCCAGUGUCAGGCUCCGACCCGUCCUCUGUCCCUUCUCCUCCAGUUGCAGCUGCCUCUUCGCCACGUCAUACUGCGACUCCGCCUCCUAUCCCAAGCUGGGUAAAUGAUCUCCAUACUCCGCCCGAUACUCAGGCCAAACCUCCGUUAGUUCACCCUUCCACAUCACAGCAACCUCAGGGCGGCGAAGCUGACCCCUCAGACCGCCCUCCACCAGCUACUUCAUGA